AUGGGAGGUUGUUCUGGAAAAUAAUAAGGAGGAAACAUAAGAUAAAAUUAAAAAUAAAAUAUUAAAGAAGAAGUAAUAAAAGCUACAGAAAACGAUAAAAAUAUUACAAGAAGAUUUACAGUAGUAUUUGCAAAUAUAAAAGUUAAAAAUCCACCAACUAUGCAAAAUAUUUAAUUCUAAGUUAAUUUUGAUAACUAGCAUAAAUACAGUGCUUCUUUAGCUGAAAAAGAUGAUUAUUUAAGAUGGGAAGGACAUUAUGAAUUUAAUUAUUAAUCAAAUGAUUAUAAUUUAAAAGAGCAUUCAUUUAUAAUUAUAUAUUUAAAAAAUUAAUUAGAAGAAUUAUUAGGAUAUAUAAAGCUUAAUUUAUAUAAAGUUGCUACAGGUCCAUAUCAUCAUGAUUUGGCUGUAAAAUGGACAAAUCAUAAUAAUAAAGAAAAAUAAUUAAAUAAUUAAUAAAAAAAUGAAGGAAGAAUAAGCUUUGAUUUAAAAAUGUUUUAAAAAAUAAACUUUUAAAUUUCAGUCGAUAAUGUAAUUGCCUGUUUAGAAGAUCAUUUAACUGAUAAAGCUUAUAACUUUUCAUUUAGAAUAAUAACAAGUAAUUCAGUAUAUCAUAGUGAACAUUCAACUAAUUUUAUAAAUCCAGCAUAUAAUAAUUUAUAAGAAUUAGAAUAUUAUGAAAAUUUAAAUAUACAACAAGAAGAUUUCAAUUCCAUUUUAAUAAACGAAGGAAUAGAAAAAAAAAAUUUAAAAGUCGAAUAAUAUAAUAAAAACCAUUUAAAUGAAUCUCGAUUAAAAAAUGAAUCUGUUUAACUUAUAAAAAAUAAUACAGACAUUUUUAAUAACAAUAAUACUGGAAUUUUCGCAGUUCCUUCAAAAAGAUUUAAUAAAGAUUUUAAGCCAAUAACAUUGCCAAUAUUGAAUGAAAACACAGAAAAAUUCAUAUUUUUAGACAGUAAAUCUUAAAAAGUUUAAACUGUUAAUAAAGAUAUGACUCACAUAAAAAGCUUAUUUAUUAGUGACCAAAAACAAUUGACUAAAUAAUAAAAAAACGAUGAAAAUGAAGAAGAAAAUAUCCAAAAGCAUAAUUUGACUCUUUUUUGGGAUUAUUUGACUGAUUUAACUUUCCAAAGACCUUUUUUAAAUAUAGAAUUGACCACAAACGAGUUAACUUCAACUUCUUUAUAAAUUUGUAUAUGGGGAAUUGAAAACAUAUAAGCUUAGGAAAAAGUCGAUAUUAAUGGAAACAUAGUUAAAUAUAUGGAUAAUCAUAUUUCAGGGGAAUGUUAUGUUUCUUUAAAUAGAAUACUUUCUAUAACCCCUGAAAUAAAAUAAAAUCAAGAAGGUAAUUAAUAACAAAUAAGACAAAAAAAUAUAAAAGAAAAUCUCUGGUCUCAUGGUAUUUAAGUAGGAAGAGCUUUAGGGUAAUUCAAAAUUUAAAAUCAUGAAUAUUUGAGGUAGUUAAUAGUAGGGGUAGCAACUGAAAAUGGAAUAAUGAAAGCAAGUCCUUCUAUUAAUUAAGGAUAGGAAAAUAGUAAAACUAAUAAUAUAAAUGUUUAAGUAUUAAUAGAUGCUAAUGAUAAAUUUAUUACUAGUGUAUUUAAUCUUUAUUAGAAAAAAUAAGAUUUAAGUGAUGAAGAAAGGUUAAAAAUGUUCGAAGAAAUAAAAAAUAACUAUAAAGUUUUGUUCGAACUAGCCUAAAAAAGUCAUAAAGAAUCAAUCACAUCUUUUUAUUAUAAAACUGAAGAAGAACUUUUAAAAGCAUAACUAACUAUUAUAGAACUUGAAAAACAUUUAAUUAUGUAUGCUGAUGAUGUUGAUGAAUAAUUAAAAGAUAAUUAUUAUGAAUUAUUAAAAUUAGUGAUAAAUAGAGGCGAAUUUAAUUUAAGUUAAAUGUGUUUUGAUGAUUCUUAUUCAUAUUUAUUAAUUGCAAAUAAUCACACUUAGAAAAAAAGAAAAAAAAAACAAAAAAUUCCUUUAAAACUCGAAGUUGCACUAAAUUAUUAAUAUCUCUUAUAUAUUAUAUUAGAAAAAGUAUUAGAUAAGUUAAAUUAAAAGGCUUUAAGCUUAUAAGAAAGAUAAUUUGUAGAAAAUUUUUGCGCAAUAGCAUAUUUUAGAAUACCAGAAUUUCGAUAAAAAUUAUUAAAAUAACUUACAAAAUAAGAAGAUCCUUAAAUAUAAGAAUGGCGAGGAACUGAAUACAAAUUAGAUGAACAGGAAAACUUAAACUUGAUUAAAAAUAAAGAAUUUUUAAAACUUUUUGAUUGGGAUAACGAAUUUUUCAAAUAUAUAAAAGGACAUUAAAAAGCAGAAGAUAAUUACCUUAAACUUACGGUUAUUCUUGAUAAUUAAAAAUGGUGUCAAAGAAUUCAAAAAAGAGGAAUAGCGUUUUUUUUUUUAUCUCAGAAUGGUUAUAAUAUGUAAAUAAAAUUGUUGUAGUAAAAGAUUAAGUACCUUGGUAAGAUUUACCUGGUUAUUUAACAUUAUUAAAAGCUUUUCUUUGUAUAUGAUUCUGUAAAAGUUGUAGCUGUUUUCGAUAUGAUAAAUGAUUGGCUUGAAAGAUUAAUUCUAUUGAAAAAAAACAUACCUACAAUAUUUGAUUUUAAUUUCUUUUUUAAAGGAAUCAGAAUGAUUAUUAAUAGUCAUAAUUCGAUUAGUAUUUCUAGAGUAUUAUGGGUUUUAUAUAAUAAUUAUCAAUUAUUUCCUUCUGAGUUCUAAAAUGAUUUAUGCUAAUAUUUACUUUCAAAUAUAUUUUUUAAGUUAUAUAUGCACUGGUCGUUUAAUGUAAGAAUGAUAUUCCAUUAUUUCUUAAUAUAUAGAAUAUUCCACAUUAAUAGAGAUAAUAUAUCAAGACUAGUAACUAUAGAAGAAAUAAAUAAAGAAAUAUUAUUAAACUAAUAAAAUUAAUAAUUAAAAAACAAAUUAAUUGAUGAACUAAUAUAUUUAAAAUAUUAAUAAAUAAUGGAAGUAUUAGAAGUUGCUAAAAUUAAAUACUAACAAUAAUAAUUAGCAAAGUAAAGAGAAGUGUCCCUCCACUAAAAAAUGAGAUAAAAAAUAAAUAAAAAAAAAGACGAUGAAUCUAUAACAAUAAGUUCUCCCGCAAUAGAAUAUUAAGUAAAAAAUACUACACAGUAAAACUUAGCAAGUGUAUCAUCGUCUAAUUUAAAUGAGAUUAUAGCCAAUUAAAGUACUGAUGAUCCAAAAUAAAACAAUAAUAAUGAGUUGACUUCUUUAUUAGAAAUAGAAGCCUAACAUUUAAAAUAUAUUCCUAUAGCAAAUUUUGAAUUUGAUGAAUUAAUGAAAAAAUAUAAUGAUUGGUAUGAAAAUAAAUUACCAGAACUUAAUUAUUUACUAAAAGAUUAAAGAAUUUAAGUUUCAAAAAAUUAUGCUGUACCUGAAGUUGUUAUUAGAAAUCAGAUUGAUGAAUCCGAAGCUUAAUAUGGGUAAAGUGAUGAAUGGUGA